CAUAAGACUAGGGAAUAGUAGAGAAUGGAAAUCUCAGGUGAGUCAAGGCACUUGCCUCCACUCAUCUAUGGUGUAGUCUUCUGCAUAAUUUCUACCAUGGUUGCUGCUGAUUAUCCUUACUAUGGUGGAGGCCAACCAUACAACAAUCCAUAUUACAAACCCUAUGAACCCAAAUAUCCUAAUUAUGAUCCAUAUUACUACAAAUCUCCACCUCCUUACUAUCAACCCAAAUACCCUCCUUAUAAUGAACCCAAAUAUCCUCCAUAUUACUACAAAUCUCCACCACCUCCACGAUAUGAAUACAAGCCACCUCCAUAUAACUACAAACCUCCAUACAAUGAAUACAAACCACCUCCAUACAACUACUACAAACCUCCAUACAACUACUACAAACCUCCAUACAACUACUACAAACCUCCUCCCUAUGAAUACAAGCCACCACCAUAUUUUUAUAAACCCACAUAUCCAGAAUACAAGCCCCCAUCUGAAUACAAGCCUCCAUCUUCUCCUCCAUAUGAAUACAAACCACCACAAUCUCCUCCCUAUAAAUAGAAAUCUCCACCCCCACCAUCUCUCUCGCCACCUCCUCUAUCACCUUCACCUUCACCACCUCUUCCAUCCAUUACUGCCAGUCUUCAACAACUAUUAUUUU